GGAGGCUGAGUCUACAUGGGAAGUGGGAAGGUGCAGCUGGAAUGUUGCCUGAAGCUUCAGUCCAGAACACAGAGAGAGAAAGAGAGAGCAAAGCGGCUUGACUCAGAAGGGCACUGUGCUGUCUGGGUCAGAUGGAGCACAUGGAAUAAGCAGAGAACUCAACAGAAGCUGCAGGAUUUGUCGAUGAAGAAGCGGAGAUCAUUUUUCCCAACUUAACCAGCUUGGAGGACACCUCAACCCAACUGGUCACUUCAAUCAAUCUGCUGACAUGAGAAGAGAUCGGCUUCUGGUGGCCAUCGCUCUGGUCACCCUUUUGGCAGCAGACAUUCAUUUUAUCCUGCUUCCCAGACUCAGAAGCUGGUAUCACCUGCCCAGAUUUAGCUGCUCAUGCACCAACAGCAGCCUGGAGAACGGAGCCGCUGCGACCGUCCCAUGGACCACGAGCCAGAAUAUAACCGCGGUUUCCACCGAGCGAGGCUCUAAGCUGGAGCGGCUCUUCAGACACCGGCUCUACAACAUCCGUCUUCCAGAGCUGGGGCCCGAGGAGCGGCUGCUGGACGAAGACGAGCUCGUCAACUACUGCAAGAGGAAAGUGAGCCGCUGGGAAAGUCUCGUUGUCCCGUACAGACUGAAGAAGUUCUACAUCGAGGCGGCAGCAGCUUCAAACAUCACUAUACCCGAUCAUCCCGUGACCUUUGACCCCGAGGCCAGCUGGCUGCAGUUCCAUCUAGGGAUCAAUCGCUAUGCGCUGUAUUCAAGAGACGACGGCAGCAUCGACAGACUCCUGCGAGACAUGCAGACGGCCCCCGUCAUCAGCGCAGAUUUCACUCAGGAUGAGAAAGCACUGAAGGGUGCAUGUGACUGCUCUCAAGUGGUUAAACCCAGCGGUCUUCACCUGAAGUUGGCCCUGAAGCUCCAAGACUUUGGCAAAGCUAUGUUUAAACCAAUGAGACAGGAGCGACACGAAGAGACUCCGGAGAACUUCUUCUAUUUUGUCGACUUCCAGAGGCACAAUGCUGAGAUAGCAGCUUUCCACCUCGACAGAGUGCUGGACUUCCGGAGAGUUCCACCGGUGGCUGGACGCUUCAUUAACGUGACGGGUGAAAUUCUGUACAUAACACACAACGAGGAGCUGCGCAGUGUUUUCUUCACCUCUCCAGCCAACAACACGUGUUUCUUUGCCAAGUGUUUAUACGUGUGUAAGUCGGAGUACGCGGUGUGUGGUCAUCCGGAUCUGCUGGAGGGCUCCAUGUCUGCUUAUCUGCCGGGUUUGAGCAUCGCCCCGCGAAUCUCCAUCCCAAACCCCUGGAUCCGCGCCUACAGCUUCACCGGGAGAGAGGAGUGGGAGGUCAACCCGUUAUACUGCGAUAAUGUCAAAAAACGAUAUCCCUACAACUCUGGGAACAGACUGCUCAACAUUAUUGACAUGGCGAUAUUUGACUUUCUCACAGGAAACAUGGACAGACACCACUAUGAAAUUUUCACCAAGUUUGGAGAUGAUGGUUUCCUGCUCCACUUAGACAACGCCAGAGGAUUUGGCCGGCAUUCUCAUGAUGAGAUGUCCAUUCUUGCUCCGUUGACCCAGUGUUGCAUGAUCAAGCGCUCAACGCUGUUCCGACUGAAGCUCCUGGCGCGGUCCGAGUACCGUCUGAGCGACGUCAUGAGGGAAUCCCUCUCCAGAGACCCUCUCACGCCAGUCCUGACCGAGGACCACCUGCAGGCCUUGGACCGCCGGCUGGGCCAGGUGCUCAGGACUGUGGGAACGUGUGUGAAGAAGCUGGGAGAAACACAAGUGGUGAUCACAGACUUUGUAGAGUCGUCCAGAGUAACUACAAGCCACCCAGGAGCAAGCAACAGGUGACAGGACGAGAAGAGCCAGGGUUUGAGGAGAUAUCAGCGGUCCACUGUUUUACUGACUCUGUACUUUAUGAUAACAACUUUCAGACUAAAUCAGAACCUCUCGUCCAAAAUCAUGGCAUCUAAAGACAUCAGGAGGACAAAGUAUUUGUAUUUCUGAUAAAUGCUCUGGGGCUGUGUGAUAUUAUUAGUCUUAAUUGUCAAAAUUGACCAAAAGUUUAAAUUAUGAGAUUCAAAGUCAUAAGUAUGACAAAGUCAAAAUGAUCACACAAGUCAAAAUUAUGAGAUAAAUGUCAGAGAUUAAAAGUCAAAAUGAUGGCUGUUAUAAUUACGAGACAGUCAGAAUUAUGACAAAAGGUCAAAAUUAUGAGAUAGUUAUUGAGAGUUAAAGUUGACAAAAAACUAAAUUAUGAAAUACAUCUAAAUAUGAAAUCAACGUCAAUUCUAAACAGCAUUUUUUUGUCAUUAUGACUAUUCAGUUUUGCCUGUCAUGAUAACUUAGUAUCUCAUAAUUUCAAUAGACAAGUAUAUAUAAUAUAAAUACAUGUGUAUGACUUUUUAUGUCAUCAUUUUGACAUUUUAUUCAUAUUUAUGACUUUGUAUCAUAAUUGAUUGGCUAAAAAGGGCUGUGCGAUAUUAAAAAUGACUAAACUGAGAAACCAAAAUUUGACAUUUAAGAGGUCAUUGUGCUGUAAAAACAUUGUAAGUUUCAGAACUCAAAACUUUUCUUUUUAGUCCAAAAGCAGCUUAUAUUGAAGGCAGUCUGCAGUUUUAAAACGACAGCUUGUGGAAUGUUCUACUCUAUGAUGUAAUAGUGUGGAUAAGCCCCGCCUCCGCAGAAGAAGAUCGACAUCGCUGCCUGUUUAGCCCCGCCCACUGAUUCUACAUCACUGGAUCAUGAGAGAAAAUUAUGAGAUAAAUCAUAACUGAGACAAAGAGUUGAAACUGGCAUUAAAAAUCAAAACUAUGAGAUAAAAAGUCAAGAUUAAAACAGUGAAAUAAAAAGUAAAUUCUAAAAAGCACGACUCGUCAAUUUCAACUGUUAUGAAUGAGUAUCUCAUAAUAUCUCAUAAGUAUCACUAUUUAUCUCAUAAGACUGACCUUUUAUCUCAUGUUUAUAACUUUGUAUUAUAAUUAUGAUUGGCUAAAAGUGUGAUAUUACUUAAAAGUAAAAAAGUUUAGCAAAAUUUGAUCAUAAUUAUAACAAAGUCAAAAUGAUGACAAGUCAGAGAGAUAAAAAGUUACAAUUAUGACAGUUAGAAUUAUGAGAUUAAAGAAAUUAUGAGAUAAAGAGUUGAAACUGACAUUAAAAAAAAUCUAAACUAUGAGAUAAAUAGUCCAAAUGAUCAUGAAACGUAUUAUAAAAAAGUUAAUUCCGAAAGAAAUGACCGCAUUAAUUGUGUUACGUCUGCUCUCUCUGAGGAACAAGUAGGUUAUUAUAUAUGAAAACUAAUAUAUUCAGUGGCUUCUCCUAGUUUAAUUAGAGAUAUUUAGUGCCAGUUUAUCAGGAAGUGACUGUUUUUGUUCUCUUUGAUUGUUGGAUGGAAACGGUGCUGUAUUUGCAAAUGUUUUAUGUGAUAUUCCAGUUUUGCGCAUACGUUAAAUUCGCAUCUUUGGAUAGAAACUGUCAACUGUCACGAUGACUCUCUCAAAAUCUUUACUUUCUAUCUCAUAAAUAUCACUUUUUACCUCAUAAUGUCAACUUUUUUCUCAUAAUUAUGAUUGGCUAAAAAAGAGCUGUGAUAUUACAAAAAGUUAAAAAAAAAAAAAUUGAGGUACAAAGUCAGAGAUAAAAGGUUUAAAUAAAUAAUUAUGACAAAAAGUCAAAAUUAUGAGAUUAUAAUUGAGAUAAAGAGUUGAAACUGACACUUAAUAACAAGAAAAAUCUAAACUAUGAGAUAAACAGUCCAAAUGAUCAUGACAAUGAAAUAAAAUGUAAAUUAUAUAUAUAUAUAUAAACAGAAUGUGUCAUAAUCAGGACUUGUCAAUUUCAACUGUCAUGAUAACUAUCUCAUAAUUUCAACUUUCUAUCUCAUAAAUAUCACUUUUUACCUCAUAAUGUCAACUUUUUUCUCAUAAUUAUGAUUGGCUAAAAAGGGCUGUGAUAUUACAAAUAAGUAAAAAAAAUCAAUACAAUUGAGGUACAAAGUCAAAAUGAUCAAAACAUUAUGAGAUGUCAUAAUUGUGAUAAAGAGUUGAAACUAACAUUAAUAAAAAUCAAAACUAUGAGAUAAACAGUCCAAAUGAUCAUGACAAUGAAAUAAAAUGUAAAUUAUAUAUAUAUAUAUAUAAACAGAAUGUGUCAUAAUCAGGACUUGUCAGUUUCGAUCUCAUAAUUUCAACUUUCUAUCUCAUAAGCAUCACUUUUUACCUACUAAUUUUAACUUCUAUCUCAUAACUACAAUUGGCCAAAAAGGGCUGUGUAAUAAUACUUCAGAAAGCUACCUAACAACACAGUCAUCUGAACCCCCGAGCCAGACAGAUGAUGCAGCAUUCACAGGGAAGAUCAGAUCUUCAGACCUCCAUUCAUGUGGUGCUUUAACUGCACAGCGGGAAGCGUUUCCUCUGAUUAUCCGUUCCCUUUCUGUCCAUUUUUCUACAAACAGCCAUUAGUGGCGGCUGAGCUGAUGAUGUAGCACACAAACAGGCCACAUCAGCAGAGAAACACUGCGGUAGGUUGCGAGACUGAUUUCGCUACAGGAGCUAAAGGCUGAUUUUCCAGACGUUUGUAAGCGUGUAAUCCUCAGCCGUCUCAUCUGCUUGUUCUUCACGGGCUGUCGAGUGGGAUCUUUGAAAAUUAAUCAAACCAAAUCAUUUGAAGCAUUGAAGCUUUGUUGCAACUUGUGGUUCGCCACGCUAUUGCACUAUUGUCUUACAGCUUAAACACAUCAGCAUUAGUGUGACCUUAACUUCUGAGUUGGUGGUGGUGGAAAACUGUAAAUCAAAACCUGGUCAUAAUAAUUCAUGAGUGUUUGUCACAUUCUCACAUUGCCUCAUUAAAAGGACAAAACAUGUGCAAACUUUCUGAUUCAGUCCAGCUCCUGGAAGCCUCAUGUGAUGUAUGCAAACACUACUGGAGUAUGAUCAUAAAAUUUUAAUUUAAGCAUAAAAACAUGAUCUGAUUUUACCGCUCGAGCAGUCAUGACUUGACCGAGUACAUGAAGUGCAAAAUUAAAAUUCACCAAUUCAGUCCCAUCUGUGGAGACUUGAUAACUUGAAGCAGUAGCUCAUACUUUUUUUCUCAUUUGAGGCCAUAAUAAUGAGCAUUUCAGCAAACGCCGCACAGCAUACAAACCCAAAUCAUAUUCCAGAACUGUAUCAUGACAGCAUUCAAAUGCAUAGAGUAUCCAAAUACACUUUGUUUACCAAAAUGUGGAAUAUACACUACAAUUUGUGUUUGGAAGUGUCUUCUGCUCAGCAAGGCUGCAUUUAUUUAAUCAAAAAUACAGUAAAAAAUGUGAAAUAUUAUUACAAUCUAAAACAGCAGUUUUCUAUGUGAAUAUGUGUUAAACUGUAAUUUAUUUCUGUGAUGCGCAGCUGUAUUUUCAGCAUCAUUACUGCAGUCUUCAGUGUCAUGAUCUUCAGAAAUCAUUCUAAUAUGCUGAUUUACUGCUCAACAAACAUUAUUAUUAUUAUCAAUGUUCAAAACAGUCGUGCUGCACAAUAUUUUUAUGGAAACUGUGACGCAUUUUAUUUUUCAAGAUUCACAGAUUAAUAGAAAGUCCAAAAAACAGCAUUUUUUGAAACAAUCUUUUGUAACAUUAUAAAUGUCUUUACUGUUACUUUUAAUAAAUUUAAUGCAUUCUUGAUGAAUAACUAAUUUUAAAAAAACAUUGCACGUAAUAUAUCCCACAAUGCAAUGUACUCGAGCGGCCCUUCCUUUUUCUGUGACAAAUGAAUCGAAAGUAAAUAAAGCUCAUUUUAAUCAAACUGCCGAAAAUGAACAUUUUAACACAAAAUAAAAAAUGCUAAAUACUUUUAGCAGCUAACUGUAAUCAGUUAUUUUCAAUAUGACACCUGAACAGCCACAUGAU